GAAAUGCAAGCUUUAGUUGCAUUAAUCGGAGGUGGUUUUGCUAUUAAUACAGCAUUUAUUGCAUUAAUACCGAUAUUGAAAAAUCGAAAGAAUCAACAAUUCAAAUAUUGGGGAGUUUUGUAA